AUGAAGUUGCGAUACAAGGCGCCCUCGGGCGGCGGCACCAUCGAGGUCGACGACGCCGCCACCGUCGCGCAGCUGCUCGAAACCGUCAAGUCAACCACGGGCUUCGCUGACGUCACCGUCAAGUACGGGUGGCCGCCGCAAGCCCUGGGCCCGGACCAGCACCACGUGGCACUGCAGACCCUCGGCCUGCAGCGCGAGAGCCUCACCGUCGUUCCCGUCGAGAACCUGCCCACUGAGGUCUCCGCCACGCCCCAGGCCGUGCAGGCGAGCAAGUCGGCUCCGGGCAUCAAGGACCAGAACAUCUCCGUCCUGAUCCCCGAGUCCAACUCUUCCCUUGUUCUUCGCGUCAUGCCCGACGACAACAGCUGCCUCUUCACAGCCGUCGGUGGCGCACUGCGCGGACUCCCCCCCUCGCCCGACGGCUACACCCCCGGAAUGCUGCGCCGCAUCGUCACCGACCACAUCCGCUCCAACCCUAGCAAAUUCAACGCCGCAGUACUAGAGUCAAGUCCCGACGCCUAUUGCACACGCAUGAUGCGCCCGGACACCUGGGGCGGUGCCAUGGAGCUGGGCAUCCUGUCCGAAGAGUUCAACCUCGAGAUUUGUGUUGUCGACGUCAAGACAGGCGCCGUCAUCCGCUACGGUGAGGGCAACUACGAUAUGCGCUGCAUCAUGGUCUACUCCAACAUCCACUACGACCGCAUCGCCGAGAUCUUCGUUGAGGGUCAGGAGGAGAUGGACUUCGACGUGACGCGAUGGGCCGUCGAGACCAGCGACCACCUGAUCACGCGCGCCCAGGAGAUGUGCAAGGAGCUCAAGGAGAAGCACCAAUACUUCACCGACACCUCCGCCUUUGUCGUCACCUGCAACGAGUGCGGGUGGAUCGGCCAGGGCGAGCAGCAGCUCAUCAAGCACGCUCGCGACACGGGGCACUCUGACAUCACCGAGAUCAAGGACAAAUGA